GAAUACAUGCGCGUCCUCUGGCUUAAAGUAGUGCCAAGUAACUAAACGCGGAUCACCUUGAGGACGCGCGUGUGGCGUGGAAGCGCAUCACUCGAGCAGGACGGUCGUUUGAGAGGUAUAAGGACAUCACCAGGCAACUCUGCUUUCACCAUGUCGCACACAAAGACUCAGGACUUGGGCUCGGCCUUCAUCCAGACACAGCAGCUGAACGCUGCCAUGGCCGACACCUUCCUGGAGCAUAUGUGCCUGCUAGACAUCGACUCUGAGCCUACCACUGCCCGCAACACCGGCAUCAUCUGCACCAUCGGGCCGGCCUCUCGCUCCGUGGACAUGCUGAAAGAGAUGAUCAAGUCAGGAAUGAACAUCGCUCGCAUGAACUUCUCCCAUGGUUCUCACGAGUAUCAUGGUGAGACCAUUAAGAAUGUUCGUGAGGCUUGUGAGAGCUUUGAAGCAGGCAGCAUUCAUUACCGACCUGUAGCCAUCGCCCUGGAUACCAAGGGCCCUGAGAUCAGAACUGGACUCAUCAAGGGGAGUGGCACUGCUGAGGUGGAGCUGAAGAGGGGUAACCAGAUCAAGGUGACACUGGAUGAUGCCUACAUGGAGAACUGCGAUGAGAAUGUCCUUUGGCUGGAUUACAAGAACAUCACUAAGGUGGUGGAGGUGGGCAGCAAGGUCUACAUCGAUGAUGGUCUCAUCUCUCUUCAAGUCGCAGAAAUUGGCUCGGACUAUCUCUUGUGCGACAUUGAGAACGGAGGUAUGCUGGGCAGCAAGAAGGGCGUCAACCUGCCCGGGGCGGCCGUGGACUUGCCUGCCGUGUCUGAGAAAGACAUUAAGGACUUGCAGUUUGGAGUGGAAAUGGGAGUCGACAUGAUCUUCGCCUCAUUCAUCCGCAAAGCAGCUGAUGUCCAUGAGGUCAGGAAGGUGCUGGGAGAGAAGGGGAAGAACAUUAAGAUCAUCAGCAAGCUGGAAAACCAUGAAGGAGUUCGUAGGUUUGAUGAGAUAAUGGAUGCCAGCGAUGGCAUCAUGGUUGCCCGUGGUGACCUGGGUAUCGAGAUCCCCACAGAGAAAGUUUUCCUUGCUCAGAAGAUGAUGAUUGGACGCUGUAAUAAAGCUGGCAAGCCCAUCAUUUGUGCCACGCAGAUGUUGGAGAGUAUGAUCAAGAAGCCCCGUCCCACACGUGCUGAGGGCAGCGACGUGGCCAACGCCGUUCUGGAUGGGGCUGACUGCAUCAUGUUGAGUGGAGAGACUGCAAAGGGAGACUACCCCCUGGAAACAGUGCGCACACAGCACAUGAUUGCCAGAGAGGCAGAAGCAGCCAUGUUCCACCGGCAGCUGUUUGAGGAGCUGAGGCGCUCUGCAAAACUAAGCCAUGACCCCUCAGAGGCCGUAGCCAUCGGGGCUGUUGAGGCCUCCUUCAAAUGCUGUGCCAGUGCUCUUAUUAUUCUCACCAAGUCUGGCAGGUCUGCUCAUUUGCUUUCCCGGUACCGCCCCCGUGCUCCCAUUAUUGCAGUAACGCGUAAUGGGCAGACGGCUCGCCAGGCACACUUGUACCGUGGCAUCUUCCCUGUGUUUUACAACAAACCUGCUCAUGACGUCUGGGCUGAGGAUGUUGACCUACGCGUCAACUUUGCCAUGGAUGUUGGCAAGGCUCGGGGAUUCUUCAAGAACGGUGAUGUCGUUAUCGUGCUUACCGGCUGGCGUCCAGGCUCCGGUUAUACCAACACCAUGCGCGUGGUACCAGUGCAGUAGACCUCCACUCCUCUUUAUUCCAGCCGUUCUAACCUUUCCUCCUGCUCCUUUAUUGUGCAAGCACUUCUAGCAGACUGGAAUUAGCAAGGGUUUACCUGUAAAAGGCCAGUUUUUAUACCAAUGUCUAAUCCCAGUCUAGUACUUCUGCUAAUUAUCUAUUUUUCCGCACUCGUCAACCCUUAUUUUAUCCCACACACAAACAGCAAAGUAUUAUUCCUUACGAGUCUGGCGUCUUUCAGUCUGAGCGCAGGGUAAUAGAGGUGUAGAUCAGAGCUUGUGCACUCAGUAUUCUUCUAGAACAUUCCCACUGACUGUAGAACCAACACGAAGGUGCUGAAGCAGAAAGGGUACACUAGCAGCUCUGGUGUUCCUCCUACCCCAUGACCAAGUGCAGAGGAAUGUAUUUGCAAGUGUGGUUUUCGUCUUGUUUUAUUAAUUGGUGUUUUUUUUGUUUGUUUGUUUUUUUUGUGUGUGUUUUCUGCACUGCACUCCCACAGCUACUGUAGGCAAUGUUACAUCCUGUAUUAUACUUGACACUGAAAUAUUGAGGUGUUGGGGAAACCAGCACCUUAUGAAAUAUAUAUUUUUCUCUCCUAUUGAGAAACAUUGUCAGAUAGUGUUAGAUGUGUUCUCCUGUUCAGUAAGUUGUUUCAAAUAGAAUCUAAAAGAAGAGAGAGAAAAGUUAGCAGUGAUUUAAUCACACUUCCUCUCUGUCUCUACUUCCAUGCUUGCAUUUCAAACUCUGAGCGUCUCUGUGCAGGUCUCGUAUCCACAUGCUUCUCUGAUUGUGACACUAGGAUUUAAAAUAUGUAUUGUGUGAUGACUUUACUCUGCUGCAUUGUCAAAGAAUGGAUCAAUCUAAUAAAGAGAAGAGCACCUGUCA